AAAAUUUCUAUUUUGUUUUUCCUUCAGGUGCCGACUGCUUUUCCAAGAGAACCUCAGUUUACUUUCUCCAACCAAAGUCAGGGAGAACCUUUCCCACUUAAGAACCACUCAAGUAUGGGAGAAGUUCAGGAUUUUCACGCUUUAGUGAGAUACUUAAACCAGUUCCCUCCUGGUGAAUUCCUACCUGCUAUGUCCAAUUUUCACCUCUUAGUUUUUCUGGCAACUUCCAACAUCCUUCCUUUAAAGGAUCACUUAGGAGAUCUGUGUAUGGCGAUCAGAAACAAAGAUGCUGAAUUGGCUCGUCGCUGGAGUAAAAGUGAACAGUGGUGCACUGUGAUACAGCUUAUGCAAGUAGCAAAUGGUAAAAUGGUUCCCACAAUAUCUUUUUUUUCUUUCCUAUUAUUUUCUUUCCAUCUGGUUUUGUUUUUUUGUUUGUUUGUUUUUUUUUUGUUUAUUGAAUUCACCCAACCUCCAGAGAGAGGGUCCAUACGCUGGUAUUGA